AAUUACCCACAAUGCACUUGCAUUCGGGGAAUACCAGGCGGGCAAUAGAAAAAGUAAUACCAUGCGGAAAGUACUAUAUUUAUAGCUUUUUUGAGUGUAAGAAUAAUACCGUAUGGAGUAAAACAUCAGUAGUCAGUAGUGAAAUAGCUCCGGAGUCAUUGGGAAGAUAAGACAUUCUCAUUUUAUAAUGUUUUGAGCAAAGAUAAAACCGCUUAUUUUGCUCUCACGCGGGCAUGCGAGCUAACUGACGCUUGCUAACAGUUAACGCUUGAUCUCUCUAUCCUACGGCUUAUUAAUGCAAGUUGUUUACCUUUUAUAGCAAAAUGUCUGGUUUUAACUUUGGCGGUGGGAAUCUGGGCUCCACCAACACGGGUGGAGGAUUCACAUUUGGUGGCGUCCCAAGUGCACCUGUGGCCAAUGCCGGUGGCCUUUCAUUUGGGACUCCUCUGGGAACAGCAGCUGCCACCCCUGCUUCUACCAGCAGUAGCACCCCAUCGCUUGGUCUUGGAGGUGUUCUUUUUGCCCAGAAACCUGCGGGAGGUUUUUCUUUCAACACACCUGCCUCAACAUCCUCUGCAGUCGCCACAGGUCUUACAUUAGGCGCCCCUGCCACUACAUCUGCAGCCACCGGCUUUAGUUUGGCCUUCAACAAGCCCACUGCGUCUGCAACUCCUUUUUCGCUCACCACCACCACCUCCUCCACUACUGGGGCGGGUUUAAGUUUCGGCUCCAUCCUGACAUCGACAGCUCCACAGCAGCCUGGAGCCACGGGGUUCACACUCGGUCUUGGUGGUAUGACAGCCUCCACGGCAGCCUCAACGGUGCCGUCCCUAGGCGCUGGUCUCUUCUCCAGCACUGGAACCUCAGGUUUGGGUCAGACUCUUGGAGGAGGAACCGGACUUACCUUGGGGUCACUAUUGGCUACCUCUACAGCAGCAUCAGCUGCUCCUGCCCCGAGUAUUGGUCUGGGUGGAGUUGACUUCAGCACUUCCUCUGAGAGUAAGAGUGACGCCUCAUCUGGAACCAAUGCACAGGACAGCAAGGCUUUAAAAGAUGAGAACUUGCCACCGUUCAUUUGCCAAGAUGUUGAAAAUUUUCAAAAAUUUGUGAAAGAGCAGAAGCAGGUUCAGGAAGACAUAAGCAGGAUGUCAUCAAAGACUAUUUCUAAAGUACAAGAUGACAUCAAAAGCCUCAAACAACUUCUCUCUGUCUGCGCCAGCGGUCUGCAGCGCCAAGGUCUGGCUAUUGAUAAACUGAAGUUGGAGACAGCACAGGAGCUUAAAAAUGCUGACAUAGCACUGCGGACGCAAAAGACGCCCCCUGGACUUCAGCAUGAAAACACGGCUCCAUCAGAUUAUUUUCGUAGCCUGGUGGACCAAUUUGAGGUGCAGUUGCAACAGUUCCGGCAGCAGAUAGAGGAACUGGAGAACCACCUGACCACUCAGAGCAAUGGCUCACACAUCACCCCGCAAGAUCUGACUCUGGCCAUGCAGAAGUUAUACCAAACAUUUGUUGCACAAGCUGCUCAGCUUCAGUCUGUCCAUGAAAAUGUUAAGAUCUUGAAACAUCAGUACCUUUCUUACCGGAGAGCCUUCCUGGAAGACUCCACUGACAUCUUUGAGUCCAAACGAGCCUCCAACAGGAAAUGGCAGAGCGCGCCACAAGUCACAACCGGACCUGCCCCAUUCUCCAGUGUACCCAAUGCCGCAGCUGUUGCUAUGGCAGCCACGUUGACCCAGCAACAGCAGCCAACUCCAGGCACCCAGGCACCUUUGGGGGCAGGUUUUGGAAACCCCUUUGCCUCAGCAGUAGGCACUAGUUUGGGCUCUUCUACACUUGGAGGUUUUGGAGGUGGGCCAGGGUUUGGUGGAGUUGGAACUGGAGGGUCUUCUUUUGGAUUCUCCUCCACCAAUAAGCCUGCAGGGGGCAGUCUGAGUGCAGGUUUUGGUAGCACCAGCAGCUCCGGCUUCAACUUCAGCAACCCCGGCAUCAACCAGUCUGCUGGGCUGACAUUUGGUGUUUCGAACCAGCCAGGCAGUGCCUUUGGCACAACCCCAGCUCUCCAGCUGAAGAAGCCCCCCGCUGGGAAUAAAAGGGGGAAAAGAUAGAAACAGAUUAAGAAAAGAAUACAGACCAACUAGUGGCUUGUAGCAAAGAACAGCUUGGCCUCCUUAAAAGCAUAGAAACAGUGCUAAGAUAAAUUGUUACCUUAAAAAGCAAGGAACAUUGGUUUGAGGGAGAAGAUUCUAUCAUGUAACAGACUAUUUUGAGUAAUAUUAUUUCAACCUGGAAAGAACGAAUCCUGUGGACAAUCUGGCAUAAUUUGUCCUGUUUUGUUUAUCAUUAUUCUGUUAUUAUGCCAUAGCUGAUGUGAGCAAAGAGGCAACGAAUCCCAUCAGCACAGUGUCAGAUGGCGAGAUGAAACUAUGAAGCAUGAUUAUGCCCAUUAGAAUUUCCUCUAACAGUUUGUUUCUCACUCUUGUCUUUGGUGUGACAAUGCUUUGGGAAAGGCUAAGGCAAAAACAGUUGGUUCAACAACAAAUUGCUCAGUUAUUUUGAGAUUUUUUGUUUUGUCUAAUUGUAUAAGAUAAACAUGUUUUGUGCUUUCUAAUGAACUGUAGUUUUCUCUCCAUUGCAUCAAAAACUCUUUCAGAACAGAGCUGCUGUGCAAUUAACUUCCCUCAAGUUGCGUCCAAAGAGGAGUUUUUGUUUUUUUAAAGAGGUAAUGGGAAAAGGGAACAGUAUAGCCAGAGUCUACCAGUGUCAGUGAACAUUUGAUCGUAGAGUUUAGGUCCCAGACUGUCCAAUGUGUCUUUAGGAAGAUGCCAUUUUAUUUUUGUAUCAAGUGAAGGAAACUACGACAUUCAGAAAAAAAAAAAUUAAGAACACAAACAUCUUGUGGGUUUUCCGAUGUUUUGUCCACAAAAUCUGUUUUUGCUGAGAUGCAUUCUAAUUGUUUGAUCAUUUCUCAUAGACAGAAUUUCUCUUUGCGUCUUCACCAAGGUAUUGUAAGACUGUGGGGAAAAAUACUGUGCUCCUUGUCCUCAAUAGGCCUAUAAAAUGUUACGUUUAUUUUGAGUUUCUCAAGCAUAUUCAGCUUGCUCGGUUUAUACAUGUGCUAGGUAAAGGUUGCACUAUCUGGUGUAUGUGAUCUGAUAGUGAUCGUGUGAAUGUGUAAAUAUGCCUGUCACUCAGCUAUCAUGCUUCCGUUGAGCGUUGGGUUAAGAACUGUGUCUCUUUUUGUCCGUGUCUCUUUGGUUAUUACCAAAUAAUUGUAGUUGUAUUCUUGUUUUCUAUUCGGUCUGUUAAGAUCUGUAUUUUUGAGAUGCUGUUUAAUAAUAAAAUCUUUUGCCUGUUGAAUUUCCGGCUGCCACA